AGCCAACCGAUCACGAGUCUCCCUAUCGACCAAUCAGGAGACAGGCAGGCUGUUCUUCCUGUUUGGCUGAGGGAUUCAUUAUCGGAUUUCUCCCCACGGAAUUACUCUCUAACGGAUAAACACGUUUUUAUUCUGAGAGUCAGCUGCACGGACACAGAUCAUGGGAGGGAUCAAACAAGAGCAGAGUGAUGCAUCACAUCAGCCCAAAGCUUCACAGACAGCGGAUCAACCCCCAGAAGAGCCCAAGAAAAGAGGCUGGCCGAAGGGAAAGAAAAGGAAGAAGGUGCUGCCAAAUGGUCCCAAGGCACCUGUUACAGGAUAUGUGCGCUUUCUGAAUGAACGGCGAGAACAUAUGCGGGCCAGAUACCCUGAUUUACCUUUCCCAGAAAUCACCAAGAGACUCGGAGCAGAGUGGACACGAUUAGCUCCGAUGGACAAACAGCGUUAUCUGGAUGAAGCGGAACGAGAGAAGAUGCAGUAUGCCCAGGAACUGAAGGAAUAUCAGCAGACUGAGGCCUAUCAGAUCACCAGUGCUAAAAUACAAGACAAGAGGAUCAAAAAAGAAGACACACCAUCUGCAGUUAUCGGCACUAGUUCAGGAUCCUCCUUAACAAAGGCUUCUGACCUCUCAAACAGAUUUGACAUUCCUAUUUUCACCGAAGAGUUCCUCGAUCAGAACAAAGCUCGAGAGGCAGAGUUGCGACGCCUCCGUAAGGCCAACAUUGAGUUUGAGGAGCAGAAUGCAGUGCUGCAGCGGCACAUUAAGGACAUGUACAAUGCUAAAGAGCGCCUGGAGGCUGAAUUGGGGCAAGAUGAGAAACGUACCCAGGCUCUCCAGCAACACUUGAUGGCUAUUAAGCACACACUGGUCAACAGUCUCUCAUCGGUGCCCUUGCCAGGUACUGGGGAGACAGCAUCUCUUGGAAAUCUGGAUUCAUACCUGAGUCGUCUCAGCGGAGUACUCGAGGGCAACCCUCAUAAACACCGUGCCCUGCUUACCCAGCUUUGUGAGGUCCUAUCUCACCUGGACAGUGAGAAGAUAUGAGGAGGCUGCAGACAGAGACACACCCAGUCUUGGAUCACGGACACGCGAGAGGCUUGGUGCUUUUAGGUCAAAUCAUUGCCAAUCAGCAGAGCAUGUAGAUAGGAACAGGUACUUCAGAACAACACACAUAAUCCAUGUCUGCAUGCUUAUAGUUUAUGAAUAUGUGUGGACGUGUGUAUUCCCACACAUACAUUUUGUGAAUGUAAGUCUGUGCGGCGGGGUUGAGGGGGCUUUACAAUUCAUAAAUGUCAUCAAAUAAAAUGUCAUUUUACUUUCUGCUGCCUUAAUUAAGUCUUUUGGGAGUCACCUUCCCCUUAUCGUGUAGUCGUCUACAGGUACAUGGCAUGUACAGCAAGCCGAAUGAUCAGUUUACUGUAAAUGAUUUGUGGCGUGUGUUUGGCGGUGGGAUGCAUAAGUAGUUAUUUUUAAAAACUGGAAAGGGGUGAGUAUGCAUGGUGGAAUUUCUAUUGAUAAUGUCAGGUUCUGAAAUGGACAGUUUGUUUGCCAUGUUGUCAGAAAACUGAAUAUUUGUAUUUUUCCAGAGAUGUUCAUUAAACCAUUCUGAAAAUGGA